AUUCCCGCUGUAUCUUCUGUUUAAUGUGUGCAUGUGUUAGUAAUAUAAUAGAAACGGGUGUCUGUCUGCGAAGGUAGCAAAUGUGUUGGUGGGGGGAGCAUAGUCUCAACGAUAUUUAGUCGGCGAAAAGACUGUCAACACAUGUGUGUUUAUAAGCUGCGUUAUUAUAUUAUAUGUUCAGCCAAAAGAGUGUUUGAGGACGUCAGAAGAAACAUCUCCCAGUUGUUGGUUUGUACUGAGUGAUAAUUCGCCUGUCAGGCCUCUGGUCCUUUUUAGAUUUCCGGUGGAUUCAAUAUUUUUUUUUUCCAAACUCAUUUUUUCAUUUAUUUUGUUGUUGUUUUAUUCCAUUCUUAAAAUGAUUUAUGUCCUUCAUGCCUGAUAUUUUAAAAAUGGUGCAGCCCCCCCCCCCCCGAAGCUAUGCUGGUCAUAUUUCUCAAUUUCAACACAAGACCGCAAUAUUAUGUAACUUAUGUACCGGUGAUGUCUUAUUUCAUUCCGUUAAACUAUUGUCUCAUUGAUAAUUCGGAUACGGUUUGAGGAGUGCUUAGCUAAAUUUCCCAUAAACCAUUGAAAACUAUUUCUACUUUUGAUUUCUCAGCGCGUGUAAUGAAUAAUAUCUUGAUGUUUAUUUAUUUAUUUAAAAGAAUUCUGAUUUCAGGACCAUGGGAAAAAAGAAAGAAAACAUGUUUGUAUUUAUAAGGUACGUCGAUUUAUUAAAUUAGUUCCUUUUGUUCAACGUGAGUUUAAAAAAAAAAGGUUAAUUUAUUAUAUCUUUUGUAUAUAUUUGAGGGCCCACGAUCAAUUCGUAUAAUCUUUAUGGCUCCUGGUUUGAAUUCAGAGUUUGCCUUCUCUUAGAUGAGUUGCCGUACAAGGAUAGCGGGUUCCAUACACCCGGGGUGCUUGGGACGAUUGUCUUGGGUGGGGAUUGAACUCCAGACCACCAGCUCCUAGGAUUGAGUCCGCUUGUUUAAUGUAUUGUAUUUACCAGCUCUGCUCGCCGACAUUGACCUGUCAUUUAGAUUUACAUUAUUUUAUUAAUUAUUCAACUGAUCAGAUCAACAUAGGAGACACUCUCUAGAAAAAUCCGUCAAAAAAUUAAGUCUUUAACAAUUUUUUUUUUAAAUAAGAAGAAAAAAAAAGAAGUUGAAAAAAAGAAGUUGGUGGAUUUUUAAAAUAUCUAAGUAAUAGAGGGACAGACAUUGCGAAACUAAUAAUUAAGGAAAGAGAAACUACACAAAAAAAAUAUAGGCACUCAAAACAUGACUAUUAUAAAUCUUCAAUCUAAACAUUUGCCACAAGUACUACGACGUCAAUGUUGGCUCCCUUAUCAAAUGCUGUAUAUGCGUCUUCCUCGAUACCUUUACUCCAGACCAGAAGAAAUGUAUACAUUUCACUGCAUGGGGUUCAUCAUUCGUGACAUUAUGAGACUCCGGCCCCCACACACUCAUGUUUUUAAUGUUACUAUAAAAAUCACCGUUAACUACGCAUCUAUGUUGUUUACAUAACUGAGGUUCAGAACAAGUCUCACACGUUGUUUACUACACGUUUCCUUCUUCCACCACACCCCCCCCCCGCCUCCCUUUCUCUUAAGCUUGUUGGUCGCAGCUACACUCUCACUUACGACGGCGUACCCGUCCUACCAGGACGAGAUCCCUAACGGUAACAACGUCAACCACCCGUGCCUACCAAACUACCGCUGGCCGGGAGUGGGUCACGAGAACCGUAACGGGGGCGGCACAAGAAACGUGUUUGGCUCCGCUUUCAGCACCGCUGGACAUAAGGUGAAUCAACAAACAUUAUUCCCUUUUAAAAGAUAACAAUAAUCUUACUAGAGUACCCAACAAACAGGAUAUUGUGAAACCUGUGUUAUCAAAUUUGAAGCACCAAUUCCCAUUGCUCAAUUUUACAUUUCAUAAGGAAUAUAUAUGAACAACUUUGUUUUUAGGCGUUGCGUAAUUAGGAGUUGUUUAAUUAGGGGUUGUUUAAUUAGGGGUUGUUUAAUUAGGGGUUGUUUAAUUAGGGGUUGUUUAAUUAGGGGUUGUUUAAUUAGGGGUUGUUUAAUUAGGAGUUGUUUAAUUAGGGGUUGUUUAAUUAGGGGUUGUUUAAUUAGGGGUUGUUUAAUUAGGGGUUGUUUAAUUAGGGGUUGUUUAAUUAGGGGUUGUUUAAUUAGGGGUUGUUUAAUUAGGGGUUGUUUAAUUAGGGGUUGUUUAAUUAGGGGUUGUUUAAUUAGGGGUUGUUUAAUUAGGGGUUGUUUAAUUAGGGGUUGUUUAAUUAGGGGUUGUUUAAUUAGGGGUUGUUUAAUAAGUGGUUGUUUAAUUAGGGGUUGUAUGAUAAGGGGUUGUUUAAUUAGGGGUUGUUUAAAUAGGGGUUGUAUGAUAAGGGGUUGUUUAAUUAGGGGUUGUUUAAUUAGGGGUUGUUUAAUUGGGGGUUGUUUAAUUAGGGGUUGUUUAAUUAGGGGUUGUUUAAAUAGGGGUUGUUUAAUUGGGGGUUGUUUAAUUGGGGGUUGUUUAAUAAGGGGUUGUUUAAUAAGGAGUUGUUUAAUUAGGGGUUGUUUAAUUAGGGGUUGUUUAAUUAGGGGUUGUUUAAUUUGGGGUUGUUUAAUUAGGGGUUGUUUAAUUAGGGGUUGUUUAAUUAGGGGUUGUUUAAUAAGGGGUUGUUUAAUUAGGGGUUGUUUAAUUAGGGGUUGUUUAAUUAGGGGUUGUUUAAUUAAGGGUUGUUUAAUUAGGGGUUGUAUAAUAAGGGGUUGUUUAAUUAGGGGUUGUUUAAAUAGGGGUUGUUUAAUAAUAGGUUGUUAAAUUAGGGGUUGUUUAAUUAGGGGUUGUUUAAAAAGGGGUUGUAUGAUAAGGGGUUGUUUAAUUAGGGGUUGUUUAAAUAGGGGUUGUAUGAUAAGGGGUUGUUUAAUUAGGGGUUGUUUAAAAAGGGUUGUAUGAUAAGGGGUUGUUUAAUUGGGGGUUGUUUAAAAAGGGGUUGUAUGAUAAGGGGUUGUUUAAUUAGGGGUUGAUAAAUUAGGAGUUGAUUAAUUAUGGGUUGUUUAAUUAGGGGUUGUUUAAUGUUUUCCCUUAGUCCAAAUGGUAGCAUGACCUACACACACAGUCGGAUUGACGAACCUGUAAAAGUAGCAUAUGCUACGGACUCAAGAUUUUAAGGGCCCCAUGCCAAUAAAUAUAUACUUAAUGUUUGGUCAUCCUCUAACACAAGCGUUAAACAAAUGAUCUUGAGAUGUAUACCAUCUUCAUGUUGAACAUAUGAUCUCGAGAUUUAUGCCAUCUGUAGGUUAAACAUUUGAUCUUGUGAUUUAUGCCAUCUUUAUGUCAAACAUAUGAUAUUGUGAUUUAUGCCAUCUAUAUGUUAAACAUAUGAUCCUGUGAUUUAUGCCAUCUGUAGGUUAAACAUUUGAUCUUGUGAUUUAUGCCAUCUCCAUGUUAAACAUUUGAUAUUGUGAUUUAUGCCAUCUUUAUUUUAAACAUAUGAUCUUGUGAUUUAUGCCAUCUUCUUGAUAAACAUAUGAUCUUGUGAUUUAUGCCAUCUGUAGGUUAAACAUUUGAUCUUGUGAUUUAUGCCAUCUGUAGGUUAAACAUUUGAUCUUGUGAUUUAUGCCAUCUUUAUUUUAAACAUAUGACCUUGUGAUUUAUGCCAUCUUCUUGAUAAACAUAUGAUCUUGUGAUUUAUGCCAUCUUCUUGAUAAACAUAUGAUCCUGUGAUUUAUGCCAUCUGUAGGUUAAACAUUUGAUCUUGUGAUUUAUACCAUCUUUAUGGUAAACAAAUGAUCUUGUGAUUUAUACCAUCUUUAUGUUAAACAAAUGAUCUUGUGAUUUAUACGAUCUUUAGAACCUUUUAAUUUGGUGUCAUUAUUGUGAAAGAAAGAGCACAAAAGUGUUACUAAGUGUGACUUAGUUUAGUUGAUGUCAUUUAGUGUGUCUUAGUUUAGUCAAUGUGACUUAGUGUGAAUUAGCUUAGUUAAUGUGACUUAGUGUGACUUAAUGUGACUUAGUGCGUCUUAGUUUAGUCAAUUUGACUUAGUGUUAUUAAAUUUAGUUAAUGUGACUUAAUGUGACGUAGCUUAGUUAAUGUGACUUAGUGUGACCUAGUUUAGUUAAUGUGACUUAGUGUGACCUAGUUUAGUUAAUGUGACUUAGUGUGACUAAGUUUAGUUAAUUUGACUUAGUUUGACCUAGUUUAUUUAAUUUGAUUUAGUGGGACUCUUCAAUAUUUUUAUCUUAAUUUAAACGUUUGUUAGUGUUUUAUGAUUUUAAAAAUUUAAAACAGAUCAAGAGUUACAUUACAUAAAACAAACACACACACACACACACAUAUAGUUAGGGUUAGUGCCAUAGUUAGGGUUAGUGCCAUAUAUAAUAUGUUAAUUAAAGAGUGGAAAACUUGACAAAAAAAUGGAUUAGAAAUUAAUACAAUUGAUAGCGACGACAUGACUAAGCUUUACGAGAAUGUGCACAAAUCACUAGUGAUAUUUUCGUACGUAUUCAGACUGACAACAAAGUAUCUGGACCGGAUGCAACAAACUGCACCCGACUCGGUCUUAUAAUUUCUCAAUGCUAUCAUAACUUCUGCUUUCCACGGAUACAUCCUAUGUAUAACAAUGCUAUCAUAACUUCUGCUUACCACGGAUACAUCCUAUGUAUAAAUAUAAAUAUAUCAAUAUCAAUAUAUAACGUUUAAACAAUAAUGUUGACUGCGCUGUUAUUUCUGAUGAUGAAUCUUACCAUGCAAAUUAAAAAAUGUAUCCUCUCUCUCUUAACAUAUCCUACAUGUCCCGUAAAAUUCGUCCCUGCCUUAUACUCGAAAGUCCCGAUACCCUAAAAUUAUUGAGUUCUAACUAUCUAGACAAAACAGACUCUUAAAAUGAGACAAUACGUUGUUGUUGUUUUGAUUCAUCGGAUCGUAACGCAUUUUGAAUCAGACAUUGACCAGGCGUUGUUUGCUAGCGGUGUAUCCUUUAAUUUACUAGCCAUGUUAUUUUGCAAUGUGCACUAGGUGUUGACUUGAACUUUCUUAUGAUAGCCCCACUCCCCCACACACACACCCUGUGGUGCAGGCAGCUAUUCCCUCAGGGUGAUAUUUUCAAGAUUGUCAAAUAAAGCUCCCAGUAUGCACCUGAGACAGUAAGGGAGACAUUUAAAACAUGAUCAGAUCUCUGCCUGAGACAGUGGGGAAGACAUUUAAAACAUCAUCAGGUCUCUGUCUGAGACAGUAGGGAAGACAUUUAAAACAUUAUCAGGUCUCUGCCUGAGACAGUAGGGAAGACAUUUAAAACAUUAUCAGGUCUUUGCCUGAGACAGUAGGGAUGACAUUUAAAACAUGAUCAGAUCUCUGCCUGAGACAGUGGGGAAGACAUUUAAAACAUCAUCAGGUCUCUGCCUGAGACAGUACGAAAGACAUUUAAAAUAUGAUCAGAUCUCUGCCUGAGACAGUAGGGAAGACAUUUAAAACAUUAUCAGGUCUCUGCCUGAGACAGUAGGGAAGACAUUUACAAUAUGAUCAGAUCUCUGCCUUACGAUAUUAACUAAAUGCUAAGCUAUCGUGUCUGGGUUUUCCUCAGUGGACCAAGUCUCUGUGUCAACAAGAUUCUGACGGCGACGGUAAGACCAAUGGUGACGAGCUUGGAGACCCCAAUUGUGUGUGGGCUAAAGGUCAAGUCCCUACACGAACGACAGGCAUCACGCACCCAGGUAGAAGGCCCAGGUCAUCUUACCAUAAUUCUUAUUCGUUAAGGCUCUAAGCAUCUCCAUUGACAUUGAUGAGAUAGGGGGCCAGCGUCUCUUACCGCUGGCCACGUUUCUUACCGUUCGCCAUCCUCCUGCGUUUCACGUGGGCAACAGUCCUGCGUUUCUUACCGUAGGCCACAGUCCUGCAUCUCUCACCGUGGGAAAUUUUCCUUCAUUUCCCGCCAAGGUCCAUAUCCCAGUCCCAUUCCCAGGUAGCUAUAGCCAGGGCCGUUUUAGGAUCGUCGUAGGCUCUAGGCCCUUUUGCAUACAAAAUACCUUUGUAUAAGUUCUUUCAAUUUAAUGUCGACGUUAUUCAAUUGUUCAUAUGUUUACAUUGCUUAAAGUACUUUAGUUGUUAAUGCCUUUUACUUUUUAUAAAUAAUUAGGAUUUUUAAAAAACAUAACCGAGCCUAUAAAAUAUGUAGUACCAACAACCCGGGGCUUACAUAAAAUGUGGCAACCACAUCCCAGUGGCUACAUAAAAUGUGGCAACCACAUCCCAGUGGCUACAUAAAAUGUGGCAACCACAUCCCAGUGGCUACAUAAAAUGUGGCAACCACACCCCAGUGGCUACAUAAAAUGUGGCAACCACAUCCCAGUGGCUACAUAAAAUGUGGCAACCACAUCCCAGUGGCUACAUAAAAUGUGGCAACCACAUCCCAGUGGCUACAUAAAAUGUGGCAACCACAUCCCAGUGGCUACAUAAAAUGUGGCAACCACAUUCCAGUGGCUACAUAAAAUGUGGCAACCACAUCCCAGUGGCUACAUAAAAUGUGGCAACCACAUCCCAGUGGCUACAUAAAAUGUGGAAACCACAUCCCAGUGGCUACAUAAAAUGUGGCAACUACAUCCCAGUGGCUACAUAAAAUGUGGAAACCACAUCCCAGUGGCUACAUAAAAUGUGGCAACGACAUCCCAGUGGCUACAUAAAAUGUGGCAACUACAUCCCAGUGGCUACAUAAAAUGUGGCAACCACAUCCCAGUGGCUACAUAAAAUGUGGAAACCACAUCCCAGUGGCUACAUAAAAUGUGGCAACCACAUCCCAGUGGCUACAUAAAAUGUGGUAACUACAUCCCAGUGGCUACAUAAAAUGUGGAAACCACAUCCCAGUGGCUACAUAAAAUGUGGCAACGACAUCCCAGUGGCUACAUAAAAUGUGGCAACCACACCCCAGUGGCUACAUAAAAUAUGGCAACCACAUCCCAGUGGCUACAUAAAAAGUGGCAACCACAUCCCAGUGGCUACAUAAAAUGUGGCAACCACAUCCCAGUGGCUACAUAAAAUGUGGCAACCACAUCCCAGUGGCUACAUAAAAUGUGGCAACCACAUCCCAGUGGCUACAUAAAAUAUCCCAGUUGCUACAUAAAAUGUGGAAACCACAUCCCAAUGGCUACAAAAAAUGUGGCAACCACAUCCCAGGAGCUUACAUAAAAUGUGGCAACCACAUCCCAGUGGCUACAUAAAAUAAGGAAACCACAUCCCAGUGGCUACAUAAAAUGUGGCAACUAUAUCCCAGUGGCUACAUAAAAUGUGGAAACCACAUCCCAGUGGCUACAUAAAAUGUGGCAACGACAUCCCAGUGGCUACAUAAAAUAUGGCAACUACAUCCCAGUGGCUUAAUAAAAUGUGGCAACCACAUCCCAGUGUAUACAUAAAAUGUGGAAACCACAUCCCAGUGGCUACAUAAAAUGUGGCAACUACAUCCCAGUGGCUACAUAAAAUUUGGAAACCAAAUCCCAGUGGCUACAUAAAAUGUGGCAACCACAUCCCAGUGGCUACAUAAAAUGUGGAAAAACAUCCCAGUGGCUACAUAAAAUCUGGCAACUACAUCGCAGUGGCUACAUAAAAUGUGGAAACCACAUCCCAGGGGCUUACAUAAAAUGUGGCAACCACAUCCCAGUGGCUACAUAAAAUGUGGCAACCACAUCCCAGUGGCUACAUAAAAUGUGGCCACCACAGCCCAGUGGCUACAUAAAAUGUGGCAACCACAUCCCAGUGGCUACAUAAGAUGUGGCAACCACAUCCCAGUUGCUACAUAAAAUGUGGCAACCACACCCAAGUGGCUACAUAAAAUGUGGCAACCACACCCAAGUGGCUACAUAAAAUGUGGCAACCACAUCCCAGUGGCUACAUAAAAUGUGGCAACCACAUCCCAGUGGCUACAUAAAAUGUGGCAACCACAUCCCAGUGGCUACAUAAAAUGUGGCAACGACAUCCCAGUGGCUACAUAAAAUGUGGCAACUACAUCCCAGUGGCUACAUAAAAUGUGGCAACCACAUCCCAGUGGCUACAUAAAAUGUGGAAACCACAUCCCAGUGGCUACAUAAAAUGUGGAAACCACAUCCCCGUGGCUACAUAAAAUGUGGCAACCACAUCCCAGUGGCUACAUAAAAUGUUGCAACCACAUCGCAGUGGCUACAUAAAAUGUGGCAACCACAUCCCAGUGGCUACAUAAAAUGUGGCAACCACACCCAAGUGGCUACAUAAGAAGUGGCAACCACAUCCCAGUGGCUACAUAAAAUGUGGCAACCACACCCAAGUGGCUACAUAAAAUGUGGCAACCACACCCAAGUGGCUACAUAAAAUGUGGCAACCACAUCCCAGUGGCUACAUAACAUGUGGCAACCACACCCCAGUGGCUACAGAAAAUGUGGCAACCACACCCCAGUGGCUACAUAAAAUGUGGCAACCACACCCAAGUGGCUACAUAAAAUGUGACAACCACAUUCCAGUGGCUACAUAAAAUGUGGAAACCACAUUCCAGUGGCUACAUAAAAUGUGGCAACCACACCCCAGUGGCUACAUAAAAUGUGUCAACCACACCCCAGUGGCUACAUAAAAUGUGGCAACCACAUCCCAGUGGCUACAUAAAAUGUGGCAACCUCAUCCCAGUGGCUACAUAAAAUGUGGCAACCACAUCCCAGUGGCUACAUAAAAUGUGGCAACCACACCCCAGUGGCUACAUAAAAUGUGGCAACCACAUCCCAGUGGCUACAUAAAAUGUGGCAACCACAUCCCAGUUGCAAAAUAAUUGAGAUCCACUUUCCAUGAUUUUCUUGAGUGACUGAUUGAUUGGAUAUUUAUGUUGCGCCGGUAUCCAUGCCAUUUAAGAUAAUUCACUGCGCUCUGGUUUUCUUAAAUCUAUUUAAAUAAAAAAGUUGUAAAAUGUUUCUAAAUUAGUUGUUUUUUUUUCAUUUUUAAUUCCCCUCAAAGACUGUCCUCAAAUUUCUGAUCAAUAGGUUUAAAUUAGUUUUAUGAUCUAUAUUUGAAGACCUCAGCGGGAAAUCCAAAACGUGACCUUUGCAAAUGCAAAAAGCCGAAAAGUUAAUACCAUUAAUAUAUCAUUUUAUUUAUAAAGAUCAUUAUAAACAUUACAAAUCUGUAAGAUUUUCUGAAAUACAAAUACAUGAAAAAAACACAUAAAUAUUGUAAGUUCAAUUUUGUUUUUGUUAUAUUGGGUUAUAUUCCAAUUUUAAAAUUUCAUUUUUAAAACUUUCGUAGUCCCCUGAAGGUUCGUAGGACCCACGCACAGUGCGUACUCUGGUAGUCCCCUGAAGGUUCGUAGGACCCACGCACAGUGCGUACUCUGGUAGUCCCCUGAAGGUUCGUAGGACCCACGCACAGUGCGUACUCUGGUAGUCCCCUGAAGGUUCGUAGGACCCACGCACAGUGCGUACUCUGGUAGUCCCCUGAAGGUUCGUAGGACCCACGCACAGUGCGUACUCUGGUAGUCCCCUGAAGGUUCGUAGGACCCACGCACAGUGCGUACUCUGGUAGUCCCCUGAAGGUUCGUAGGACCCACGCACAGUGCGUACUCUGGUAGUCCCCUGAAGGUUCGUAGGACCCACGCACAGUGCGUACUCUGGUAGUCCCCUGAAGGUUCGUAGGACCCACGCACAGUGCGUACUCUGGUAGUCCCCUGAAGGUUCGUAGGACCCACGCACAGUGCGUACUCUGGUAGUCCCCUGAAGGUUCGUAGGACCCACGNGGGGGGGGGGCGGUGCCAGCGGUUCCAGUUGAUUUAUUGUUUGACAUAUUUUUGCCCGGGGGGGGGGGGCACUUGCCCCCCCCCCCAAAUAUAGGUUAAAGAAACCCUGGUCAAAAAGAAAACGAAGAUUGACAGACGCAAAAGCAGACGAUUGUUGAAGAGGGCGAAUGUCCUCAAGUGGAUUAUUUAAAAUGUAGUGUGUCUAUGCAAAGAAAAUGUAUGUUCCCUAAUGUAUGUGACCAGUGGGUUCGUUCAUAACACAGUCGUACAUUUUUUUUUACCUAUCUGUAUAAUCACACCGGAUGUUUAUAUUUCAUACGUUAGGUGUGUGCGAACCACUCAACAGCACCAGUUGUGUGGGCAAAACCAGCUUCGUGUCUUGUCAAGCGGAUGCUUUCGACAACUGUGACGUCAUCAAAUCACCAGGUAACAUUGACCAAUGACCAAUCUCAAUCACUCCCGCACUAUCAGAGAAAACUUCCUGUUAGGUUCCAGCCUGCGCGGUCUCUCACGAAGAUUAGCGGAACCGACAGAAGUUUUAGCUCAGAGAUGUAGUAAAGGACCAAAUAUGAAAUAGACAAACCAAAACAGACGUCUCUCACAUCAUGUAGCAUUUUCAAAAAUACUUUAAAAACUAUUUGACAGCUGUUUACAUUAUUGCAUCCCGCAAAAUUAAAUAUGUGCGUGCGUGUGUGUGUGUGUGUGUUUAUUCGUUUAUUUUCUUUUAAAAUGAACUCCUUAGUAAUAUCUCUGCGAGGAUCUUCUCAUUAACAGCUCUGCGCUAUUUGAGGAUCUUCUCAUUAACAGCUCUGCGCUAUUUGAGGUUGUCAUCCAUAAAUGACGUCGCGCAUGUUGUUUUUAUAAAUAGGGUUGGGGGAAGAAGGUCCCAACAAUUUUUACAAUGGUUACGAGGGUUCCUAUAUUUUGUGAAAAAUUGUGUCGUAGAUAAGGUGAGUGCCAUAGUUAGGGUUAGUGCCGUAGUUAGGGUUAGUGCCAUAGUUAGGGUUAGUGCCGUAGUUAGGGCUAGUGCCGUAGUUAGGGUUAGUGCCGUAGUUAGGGUUAGUGCCGUAGUUAGGGUUAGUGCCAUAGUUAGGGUUAGUGCCAUAGUUAGGGUUAGUGCCAUAGUUAGGGCUAGUGCCGUAGUUAGGGCUAGUGCCGUAGUUAGGGUUAGUGCCAUAGUUAGGGUUAGUGCCAUAGUUAGGGCUAGUGCCGUAGUUAGGGCUAGUGCCGUAGUUAGGGUUAGUGCCGUAGUUAGGGUUAGUGCCGUAUUUAGGGUUAGUGCCGUAGUUAGGGUUAUUGCCGUAGUUAAGGUUAAGGCCGCCCAGAAUACCACGAAAAAACUCUACAGAGUGUCAAAAAUAACGCCCCCAAAAACGGAAAAAUGUCCCCCCCCCAUUUUACUACGCCCCUAGUUACAAAAUUCAGCGCGACGUUAUUUAUGGAUGCCCGUUUUUCCCAUGUCAGGAAUAUCAAUUAUACAUGUAGGUCUUGGGCCACUUCAUUCCUCUCAGACCAUCCAUCGCAUCCCUGUGGCGCGACAGACCAUGUAGGGCUUUCGCCUGCCUCACCACUUCCUUCCACUCAGACCAUCCAUCUCAUCCAUGUGGCGCUACAGCCCAUGUAGGGCUUUGGCCUUCCUCACCACUUCCUUCCACUCAGACCCAACUGAUGCUCUUCUUUUCAAUGCUUUGAUUCCCAGCUGUUGUAGAUCUUUUUUUUCCACAAAACCCAUCUAUCUUAUCCUACGUCAGCCUUUGAGCCAUUUUCCCUCUGGGGGUUUGAGCGAUGUCCCCUCUUCAUUUCUCUGUCAUUCGACAUUCCUUCUUCUUAAAGUGCAAGUAAUAUAAGCUAGUUGUUUUAAAAUAAAUCUAACUUUAAACAAAAAUAUCCUGAUCUUUGAACAAGUUGAAUUAAGAAAUGUUCACAAAACUAUUUGAUGUUAUGUAUAUGUUAUUUAAAAAAAAAACCUGUUCUCUUCCUCAGAUGUCAAAGGUAUCAACAUAACGUUCCCUCGGCACAGCCUUCCUUCAACGGAGACCAACUACAUGUGCAUGACCUUCGACCUCCCUAGCGACCAGGACUACCACAUUGUUGCCUACGAAGCCAUCAUAGAUAACUCGCAUGUCAUACAUCACAUGCUACUCUACGGAUGUGAAGAUAGUACGUAAUGCUCUCGUCAGAACAUAUUCUUCAUGCAACCGUGUGGACACAAUCUGGGUGGUUGUUUGGUCUGACUAGAAUUUCUUUUCUUUUUUUAAAAAUCCUUUAUAUUAACUUCGUUUUUUUGAUGUGGAUGACUGACCCCCCGUCAACCCAUCGAGCUGAAACUUGGCGUAUAGACUCGUUGUCGGUGACAACAUAUUCUUUCAAAUUUUCAGACCCAACCCCAAAAAUUCAGUUUUUCCGGUUUUGUGCAAAGGAAAGAUAUUAUAAAUUCCUGACAAGUCGGCUCAAUGAGAUUCUUUUCUUUUAAAAAAAAAAUAAAAUAAUAAUAAAUAUCGCAAAUGCGUAAUAUUUUAUUUAUUUUUUAUUAAAUUUUUGGUGAAUUAAAUCUUCGGUGUAAAAGCGAGGGGGUCAUUAGAAUAUUAUUAUAGUCAGGAGCAUUGAAAAAAGUGCGGUUGUGAGCCUUGGGAUUGGGGGGGGGGGCACUACGUGAGAUUCGUAUAAAGUGCGUUAUGAGUAUGCAUGUUUUGUCCAAUGUUAAGCCCCCCCCCCUCAUGGCUCGAUAUUACAUUUUUAUAAAAGAUGUAAACGAAAAUCCUUGUUUUUAUGGUUUGUUUAAUAAGUGGGAGUCAACUUCAAACGAAUGCAUCGCUCGUCAAAUUUUGAAAAAAGGGGGGGUUGGGGCCUUGGGGUUGGGGGGGGGGGCACUACGUGAGAUUCGUAUAAAGUGCGUUAUGAGUAUGCAUGUUUUGUCCAAUGUUAAGCCCCCCCCCCCUCAUGGCUCGAUAUUACAUUUUUAUAAAAGAUGUAAACGAAAAUCCUUGUUUUUAUGGUUUGUUUAAUAAGUGGGAGUCAACUUCAAACGAAUGCAUCGCUCGUCAAAUUCGAUCAGCCCAAUACCUGACUUUGCCAUGACUGCACUUCAUUAUCUCAUCUCAUACCACAGCCAACAGCAGUCAAAUCACGAAACCAGAAGUGUGCAGCAUGAGUUCAAGCAACUGUGCCACCAUCAUCAGUGGCUGGACCGUGGGGAAACCUGGAGAGUGCUUCGGGGACAAGAUGGGUUUCAGGAUUGGUCAAACCGGUUAUAGGAGGGUCAGGCUGGAGGUGAGAGCAGGUGGUUGGACUAAGGUCAGGUAUUAGGCGAUGGGACUAGGGGGUCCGACUUGAGGUGACUGGACCAGGGCUGGAGUUGAGAUUAGGGGAAGGGGGUGAUGGGAUUAGCGGCCAUGCUUGAGGUGAUGGGACUAUGGGUUAUAUUGCGGUACUAGAGUUAGGCUAGAUAUUAUGGGACUAGGGUAAGGCGAGAUGUUAUGGGACUAGGGCAAGGCGAGAUGUUAUGGGACUUGGGCAAGGCUAGAGGUUAUGGGACUAGGGCAAGGCUAGAUGUUAUGGGACUAGGGUAAGGCUAGAUGUUAUGGGACUAAGGCAAGGCGAGAUGUUAUGGGACUAGGGUAAGGCGAGAUGUUAUGGGACUAGGUUAAGGCUAGAUUUUAUAGGUUUAUAGGGUAAGGCUAGAUGUUAUGGGUCUAGGAAGGCUAGAUGUUAUGGGACCAGGGUAAGGCGAGAUGUUAUAGGAGGUUCGAGGUUGUGAGCCGGGGGUGAAAAUUUCAAAUAACUCCAAUAAGGGAUGAAUGAAAAAAAUGAUGAUUUUUUUACUGUUACUGUUACUGGUGAAAUGUAAACAUAAUAAUGAGUUUGAAAAUAUAUAAUGAUAACCUGGAUAAAGGACAAAUAUCCUCACUAUCAUUGUUCCUUCAUAAGAAAUGAAAUCCAAAUCUGAUUAUUUCAGAUAAAAGAAAUCUUGAUAUUUCAAUGGCUAAAUAUUUCAUGAUUAAAAUAUUUGGUUGCACGGCGUUUCUACUCAGAAAUUCGACUGUCCGAAAAUCAUAUUUCUAGUUGUUUAAAAAAACCCACCUGAUAUCUUUUAACAUAGUCAUACUUCAGUUGAAUUCUAACAAAUGCAAGUGUUUCUAUUCCAUCAAGAUCCACUACAACAACCCUAAUGAAGUGGCCGACUACACAGACGCCAGCGGCCUACACCUCUACUACAGGCCGGCCAGGGCAGGCGUCCAGGAUCUAACGACAUUCGUCACGGGUCAGACCCUGCUGGAGCUGCAGCCAGGUCGGGUGUUUUUUUGUUUUUUGUUUUUUUUUUAUCACUUAAUUUUUAACACUUCGUCCUUUCAAAACUUAACAUAAGAAUAGGAGUAGUUAAAAAAUAAGAGUAGCAUAUGAAAAAAUACAAGUUUUCCCGGUACUGUACACACCCGCUAUAACGUGACUCGGGGUAUUAUUAUGCUGUGAUGUCAUGGAACCCAACAUUUCUCAUAUUCACUCGAACAUAAUUUUUUUUUCACUAAGUACAUGAGCAAACAAAAAAAAAAGGGUGUACAAAUAUGACCUCUCGUACAACGCAAUCCCAUAGCAACUAAAACGUUGUAAGACCUUAACACCGCCUGCCCUCAAUAACCACAAGAAAUUUUAAGAAAAAAAACAUUUAAAAAAAAAACCAACAACCGUACGAAAUCAAGGUUCUUCCUAAUUUUAUUUUAACCCCAAAGCUAAUCGCACGGUGUAGCUAUUCGCACGGUGUAGCUAUUCGCACGGUGUAGCUAAUCGCACGGUGCAGCUAUUCGCACGGUGUAGCUAUUCGCACGGUGUAGCUAAUCGCACGGUGCAGCUAUUCGCACGGUGUAGCUAAUCGCACGGUGUAGCGUAAGCCCCGCAGUAACGCGAUCAGAUGUUACGGGCCUCAGUUACCGCUUUAAAGUGAGGUGUUGUUUGUUUUUUUAAACACGUAUUAGGCCUUCCUAAUAGACGCACGUUAACAACGAACGGAUCAACUGAUUCGGCUCCGAUUUGUAAUGUGGAUUGAAUGAAGUCUUUUCUUUCAGUAGAAUAUUGAUUCAACCUGUGACAGUUAAACACAUUCUGUCUUAAAGAGAACUUUCCGUGUCCGCACGAAAUAACUAGUUUACCUUAUUGAUAGUGUGAAUUUAUUUUAUUUUUUUUUUUCCUUCAGGAAAGUCUCGUCUCGAGCAAGUCGGUGUGUGCGAGGGCUCGUGUACAAGAAACGUCUUAACUAAGCCUGCGUACGUGGUGGCUGUCUUGAACCACAUGCAUUAUCUAGGUAAUUUUCUGGUCGCUGGAAUGAACCACGUGAAUUUUCUAGGUAAUAUUCUGGUGGCCGUCUUGAACUGGUGGCCGUCUUGAACCAUGUGCAUUAUCUUGGUAAUAUUCUGGCGGCCGUCUUGAACAACAUGCAUUAUCUUGGUAAUAUUCUGAUAGCUGGCUUGAACCACAUGCAUUAUGUAGGUAAUAUUCUGUUGGCUGUCUUGAACCAAAUGCAAGAUCUAGAUAAUAUUCUGAUGGCUUUUAACUGCAGCUUCAGCUGGUUAUGUCAUUUUUUGAGUGAGUGAGAACGGGAGCAGAAGAAACGGAUGAAGAGGUAGAGCAAUGAAGAGAAUGAGACAUUGGUGCAUGAGAGAUGUGGGAAAGGACGUAUGAAAAGGAAGAGAGAAAGGGAACAAGUUCCUCUGCUAAAGAAUGCAGUUCACCAACUAUUCAUUAUGGUUCUCCUCAAACAGGAACCUCAAUGAAGCUGGAGUUGUUCAGAAAUGGCUCCCGGGUGACGUACUUAAGUAAUGACGAUUUCUACAGCUAUGAUUCACCCGUGACCCAUUAGUAAGUAGGUCAGACGCCUGUCAGUGGGGGGGGGGCAUUAAAUAGUAAGUAUGCCAGACGAAUGUCUAUGUGGGACACUAAAUAGUAAGUAUGCCAGACGACUGUCAGUGUGGGACACUAAAUAGUUAUGAUGCCAUACGACUGUCUAUGGGGACGCUAAAUAGUUAUGAUGCCAGACGACUGUCAAUGUGGGACACUAAAUAGUAAGUGAGCCAGACGACUGUCAAUGUGGACACUAAAUAGUAAGUCUGCCAGACGAAUGUCAAUGUAGGACACUAAAUAGUAAUUAUGCGCUUGUGGGGCAGUAUUUAGUAAGUAUGCCAGAUCACUGUUAAUGUGGGACACUAAAUAGUACGUAUGCCAGACGACUGUCAAUGUAGGACACUAAAUAGUACGUCUGCCAGACUACUUUCAAUAGACUAAAGACUAUGUGUAACAUGAGAUUUAUCAAAGUUGGUGUUUGGUAGAAUGAAAUGCUGGUGGAAUAGUCUAUUGGCAAGUAUUAGUGGAAUGGCCUUUUGCUGGAGUGACCUGUUUGGUGGACUGGGGCUUAUUGGUGGAAUGACCUAUUGGUGGAAAUACUUAUUGGUGGAAUGAUCCUUUGGAAUAAUUAGCCUAUCGUGGAAUGACCUAUUUUUGGAAUGAGCCUCUUGGUGGGAUAACAUAUUCGUAGAAUGAGCCUUUUGGUGGAGUGACGUAUUGUUUGAAUGACAUAUUGUUGGAAUGACGUAUUGUUUGAAUGACGUAUUGUUUGAAUGACAUAUUGUUUGAAUGACGUAUUGUUUGAAUGACGUAUUGUUGGAAUGACCUAUUGUUGGAAUGACCUAUUGUUGGAAUGAUCUAUUGUUGGAAUGACCUAUUAUUGGAAUGACCUAUCGUUUGAAUGACCUAUUGUUGGAAUGACCUAUUGUUUGAAUGACGUAUUGUUGGAAUGAACUAUAUUUCGGAAGAGCCUAUCUUUUUGUCUUUAAAAUUUUCCGUCGAAACAAUGAAAUAAUUUUACAACCAAUCCUCAUUUUGUCCGAACUGACCUAGUAACUUUCACUCAACUUCACUCCAGCCAUGAUCCCCCCGUCCAGUUACUACCAGGUGACGAGAUUGUGACCACGUGCGUGUACAACACACUGACCUCCAGGCGGUGGGUUUAUUUUGGGGAGGCGACCUCAGAUGAGAUGUGCUUUGGUUUUAUCUCCAUGUACCCAAAGGACGCAGUAGUUCCAAGUAAGUUAUUGUUGUUUACUCCUAUUAGGAGAGACCAUGUACCCAAAGGACACAGUAGUUCCAAGUAAGUAAUUGUUGUUUGCUCCUAUUAGGAGAGACCAUGUACCCAAAGGACACAGUAGUUCCAAGUAAGUAAUUGUUGUUUGCUCCUAUUAGGAGAGACCAUGUACCCAAAGGACGCAGUAGUUCCAAGUAAGUAAUUGUUGUUUGCUCCUAUUAGGAGAGACCAUGUACCCAAAGGACACAGUAGUUCCAAGUAAGUAAUUGUUGUUUGCUCCUAUUAGGAGAGACCAUGUACCCAAAGGACGCAGUAGUUCCAAGUAAGUAAUUGAUGUUUGCUCCUAUUAGGAGAGACCAUGUACCCAAAGGACACAGUAGUUCCAAGUAAGUAAUUGUUGUUUGCUCCUAUUAGGAGAGACCAUGUACCCAAAGGACACAGUAGUUCCAAGUAAGUAAUUGUUGUUUGCUCCUAUUAGGAGAGACCAUGUACCCAAAGGACACAGUAGUUCCAAGUAAGUAAUUGUUGUUUGCUCCUAUUAGGAGAGACCAUGUACCCAAAGGACACAGUAGUUCCAAGUAAGUAAUUGUUGUUUGCUCCUAUUAGGAGAGACCAUGUACCCAAAGGACACAGUAGUUCCAAGUAAGUAAUUGUUGUUUGCUCCUAUUAGGAGAGACCAUGUACCCAAAGGACACAGUAGUUCCAAGUAAGUAAUUGUUGUUUGCUCCUAUUAGGAGAGACCAUGUACCCAAAGGACACAGUAGUUCCAAGUAAGUAAUUGUUGUUUGCUCCUAUUAGGAGAGACCAUGUACCCAAAGGACACAGUAGUUCCAAGUAAGUAAUUGUUGUUUGCUCCUAUUAGGAGAGACCAUGUACCCAAAGGACACAGUAGUUCCAAGUAAGUAAUUGUUGUUUGCUCCUAUUAGGAGAGACCAUGUACCCAAAGGACACAGUAGUUCCAAGUAAGUAAUUGUUGUUUGCUCCUAUUAGGAGAGACCAUGUACCCAAAGGACACAGUAGUUCCAAGUAAGUAAUUGUUGUUUGCUCCUAUUAGGAGAGACCAUGUACCCUAAGGACACAGUAGUUCCCAUUAAUUCGCAUUUGGUCCUAUUAGGAGAUACAAUGUAGCCAAAGGACACAGUAGUUCCAAGUAAGUAAUUCUUGUUUGGUCUUAUUAGGAGAUACAAUUUACCUGAAAGACGCAUAAGUUCCAAUUAAGUUAUUGUCUUGUGUCCCAUGAGGAGAGACCAUGAACAAAUAUGACGACCGAACACGUCAGAAUUUUCGCUUGUAUAUUUAAAAAAAAUAAUAAUUGGUUACGUUUUUCUAUUUUUGGAAGUUGGAGAGCUCUGAUUUUUUUUAAAUGCUUGCCAAAGAAAUAUUGCAGAGCACCACGAGAGGAGGGAGAAGAAGAGGAAGACAAAGAAAAGAUGGGAGGAUAACAUCAAAGAGUGGGCAGGACUAACACUGGGCGAUGCUGUGCGUAGUGCAGAAGACAGAGACGAAUGGAGGACGAUAGUUCACAUGUUAUCUGUGGCGCCACAACGGUCCAAGGACUAAGGGACACGAUGAUGAUGAUGAUGAUGAUGAUGAUGAAUGAAAUGCCAGCUCGAAACUUACCCAUUAUCUCUAUAUCCGGAACCCACUUCCUGUUUCAAAAGAAUCCGGAACUAUAGCAGCACAGUGUGUCCUGCGCAUGGCACCUAAACUUCUACCGAAAAUGUUGAGAGUUGGCAUUCUUUCAGUGUUAUAUUGACGUCAGGAAGUAGCUAUUUAAAAACAAAACAUGUUACCUCUAUUAGAUUGGUUGAUUAAUUAAAUCAGAGUCGCAUCCCUUGAUGAGAUACUUCACUACGUGUACAGCAGAUUUGGUAUUAAGACAACAAAUAUAGAAGAAAAAUUAGGAAGGAAUGAGCAUUUUUUGUUUUGAACUGACUAAUCAUGGUGAUCUUUUCUGAAGAAAAAAAAAUAUAGGCGGGAAUAUUUUAAGAACACAUGAUCAACGGUCCUUCCUUUUAUUUAUUGAAUUUUAUUUCUAGCAUAGGAAACAACUAAAAAUAUCAAAAAAUUUUCAUCUCAAUAAUUUAAGUAUUUCUAUUUUUUUUUUUUUUUUUUUUUUUUUUUUUUUUUUUUUGUGAGUUUCAAACUGCCCCAUAAUAGUUUGACUCUAAAUUUGCCGAGACUUUUUCGCUUAUCGGCUACAUCGGCUGAAUCUAUGUUUUCCCAAUGCAGUAGCCGUUUGUAGAGGCUUCUGAACAUAGUUAUUACUUUGUGAGUUACUGGUUUGCACCAGGUCCACUAGAUGUCGCUUCCGUAACAGAUUGAAUUUAAAAUGAAACAGAAAUGAAAAUUAUGUCUAUUUCGCGGCGUACACUUUGAGAAGCACUAUAUAAAUUUAAUUUAAAAAAAAAACAAAACUUUUUUUUAAAGUUAUCGUAAUAAAAACUUAUAAUAACUUGUUCUUGUUUGCCUUGGUCGACUGACUGCCCGCUUAGUGCCGGUGGGUGUAAACAAACACACUGAAUGAAUCAAGUCAUAUAUUUUAUUGAAAAACAUUAAACCCUAUCAAGUAUAAACAGUCUACAACGUCUUAAUUUCUCUGUUUCCCCCAUUCUCCCGCUCAGACGGAGACUGUAAUGCCGUCGGGCCGUUGUCUUCCUGCCAGCUGGCGUCAGGAGCCCCAGUCGGUCAGUGCAACUGGAAGGCAUUUCUCAACUUCUCCAGUUCAAACACAAUAAAAAUCGUGACCGACCUGGAGAAGAAUUGUAACCUUAAUGGCUUCUGCAGGUAUAACUCUAAAAUGUUACAGUUACUUAUAGUCAUAGGACGGGUGAUGAAUGCAGCGUCUAUUUUCUAAAUUUUAACGUGUGAUUUUUGUCUUAAACACGAAAACAAAGAGGUUUUAAUAAUUUAAAAAACAUAUAGUAUUGGGUUAACCAUCCAAGACAGGGGAGAUUACCCUUUAUGUACGUGUUUUUACAUGUAUGUUUGAUAUGUUUUUAUUCGUUUGCAUUUUACAUGUCUUAUUUCUAGACCAGAAUGCACAGCGGUCGUUGAGAAUUUGAGAUCACAUCCUUGCCUGACAGGAGAGGCGGGGAAACUCGUCAAGUAUCUUCUGGCAAGGAGCAAGCAGGGCCUGGAACUCCUCGGUCGACUUCACUCGUGCCCCACGGGUCAGACCCAGAGCUGUGUCCAGGACUGCCCGGCGGUCUGCAGUUUACAGGAGACGGGACUUAAUGGUGCGGGCAGAGGCGCUUCCGGUGCUCAUCUCGUCUCGUUUUUAUGUACCGUCGUUGUUGUAAUGACGUCAUAUUUUGUGUAAAGGUUUCUGUACCGUCGUCACUGUUGUGACGUCAUAUUUUUAUUUUAUUUUUUUUAAUUUUUUUUUUUAAAAUGAAAAUUAAAAAAAAAAUUAUUAUUUAAAUAAGAUGAACUAACUCAAGCCCUAAAACAAUGACUGGACAUCCUCUGCGUUGACUCAGUAAAAAUCUAUCAAAGCUACCACCAUACGGCUAUUUUUUCUUCUUCUGGAGCACUUGAUGUUCACUCCCAAAGAACAGUGUUAAUUUUGUUUUUCAAAUCAUCUUAUUUUGGGGAUCCUUCGCAAGCACCUGUUUAUAAAAACCUGCAAGUUUUUCUUUUAAAUGUUUGUUUUUGUUGUUCUCUGCGUUUCACAGCCAUUUAGAGGAGGUGUCUUGAUAUUGGAGUCGAAUAUAAAGGUAUUGAAAAGAAUGAAUCCUUUCAACAUAGGGCUGGCUACCUCUUGAUCAAACUUAGCAUCUUUCUCUGUGAUAACUCAUGUAACAAAUGGCUGGCUACCUCUUGAUCAAACUUAACAUCUUUCUCUGUGAUUAACUCAUGUAACAUAUGGCUGGCUGCCUCGUGAUCAAACUUAAUAUCUUUCUCUGUGAUUAACUCAUGUAACAUACGGCUGGCUACCUCUGGAUCAAACUUAACAUCUUUCUCUGUGAUUAACUCAUGUAACAUAUGGCUGGCUGCCUCGUGAUCAAACUUAACACUCUCUCUGUGAUUAACUCAUGUAACAUACGGCUGGCUACCUCUGGAUCAAACUUAACAUCUUUCUCUGUGAUUAACUCAUGUAACAUAUGGCUGGCUACCUCUUGAUCAAACUUAACAUCUUUCUCUGUGAUUAACUCAUGUAACAUACGGCUGGCUGCCUC